GAGACCGGCGGCGGACCGCGCCGGCGCCGGCGCCGCCCCUGGCCGCCCCCACAACCGCCAAGGAGAAGCUGCACGACUGGCACCGGCAGGAGGUGCAGAGGCGGAAGCUGGAGACGGGCACGCUGCUCUCGAAGGAUGACGAGCAUUUCAAGCAGGAGAGGCGCCAGAGGUGGGAGGAGCACCGCCAGCGGCAGAAGCAGAAGCUCUCCGAGUGGGCCGGCAGCCUGCUGAGCCGGCGGGAGCAGGCGGAGAGAGAGGCGAUGCAGGCGCAGCCGCUGCGGAUCGGCGGCCCGCCAAGCAAGCGCCCUGGCAGCGCGAAGCGGGGGGGCUCGAGGUAGCAACAAGAGCUCGGGGUGCACCAUCGUGCUGGGGCCGCGGCUGCGCCGUGGCACUGUCACUCACACCUGGGCUGCCCCUCCCCACAUAGGUGGGCGAGGGGUUGCACUCAGGGUUUGUUGCAGUCAGUACGAUUUUGG